AUGGCCGAUGCUCAGGAUACCGGCAAGCGAUCCAACUCGCGCACGCGCAGCAUCUCACGCCCGACGACGCCCCUCCGCCCCUCAUCACGGUCGUCCUUUCGCGAGUCCGCUCAGCGGUCUGUCGGUGGCAGCGAGCCAUUUCCCUUGAACGCCUUCGAGCCCGCCUUCGCUGAACUGUCCGAUGCCGUCGCCGAUCUCGAAGCGAACAUGAUGCACUUUCAGCUAAUGCAUGAGAGUCUCUCCCGUUUCAGCGAGAGCUUUGCUAGCUUCUUGUACGGACUCAACAUGAACGCAUUUUGUGUGGAUUUCCCCGAGGGACCUAUUGCUGAAUCCUUUCGACGGGCAAAACUGAACGAGGAGCGCAUCGAACCAGCAGGGAGAUCGCGUAGUACGGACCGCGACGAACUGGACGGUGAAACAACAUUCAUGACUACGAACACAUCCUUUGUAGAAAACCCCCCGACUGCUUCCAAGAUGACCCCGAAGAAGUUUACAGCACCCGAGACAAGACAACCUCGCGUGGCUUCUGGCACCCGCGGUGGUACUCGCGGCCGAACAGGCACCGGCCGGGGCCGCACAAGCGGUCUUGUCAGACCGAGAGCGCGUGGUCUCCGAUGA